UAUACAUAUAGGUGAUGAACUAGCACAAGCUUCUUCAUUCGCAACAUCAAUCAAAUUAAUUAAACUUGUGAUCCAAAAUACACAAACGACCUCACUCGAUCACCAUGACUCUCUUUUCAAACAAAUCUACGAUUAACUUAGUGUUGUCCCUUCUCGUGCUGCUACCUAUCAUGGUAGCAGCACAGUGCAAAGUGGACGACGGGGACAACAAUAACAACAACAAACAAGAGUCCUUAAAAUACAAAAUAGCCGCUAUUCUUACUAUCCUAUUUGCUGGGGGAAUUGGUGUGGGCAUCCCCCAGCUUGGCAAGAAAGUGGAAGCUUUGAACCCGGAUAACGACAUUUUUUUCAUGAUCAAAGCAUUUGCAGCUGGUGUAAUCCUAGCCACGGGUUUUAUUCACAUAUUACCAGAUGCUUUUGAGCAUCUGUCAUCACCCUGCCUGCCUCACAACCCAUGGGGUAAGUUCCCAUUUGCCGGUUUUGUUGCCAUGAUAUGUGCCAUUGGGGCUCUUAUGUUGGACACCUUUGCAACCAGUUUUUAUACAAAGAUGCACUUUAAUAAGCAAAAAGCAAAACAAGUGGUGGAUGUGGAGAGUAGUGAUGUUAUUGAUGAUCAUUCUGGGCAUGUUCAUGUUCAUGCUCAUGCCACAGAUGGUCAUGCUCAUGGCUCUCUUGUAUCGGCUCAUGAUCUACAGCUCGUUAGGCACCGUAUCAUCUCACAAGUGUUGGAACUUGGAAUCAUCGUUCACUCGGUGAUAAUUGGACUCUCUUUAGGGGCUUCACAAAAUAUCUCAACCAUAAAGUCACUACUAGCAGCCUUGUCAUUUCAUCAGUUCUUUGAAGGCAUGGGACUUGGUGGAUGUAUCUCUCAGGCAAAAUAUAAAUCUAUUUCAACAGCAAUCAUGGCGAUAUUUUUCUCGCUCACUACACCAAUAGGAAUUGCAGUAGGUAUUGGAAUAUCAAGGAACUACAGAGAAGACAGCACUACAUCUCUCAUAGUCGAAGGUGUCCUGAACUCUGGUUCGGCAGGGAUACUGAUAUACAUGGCACUAGUUGACUUGCUGGCUGCAGAUUUUAUGAACCCGAGGAUGCAGAACAGUUUAAGGCUUCAGUUAGGUGCAAAUGUUUCGCUUCUUCUAGGGGCUGGAUGUAUGUCUUUCUUGGCCAUAUGGGCUUAAAUUUAAUUAGUACUUAGAUAUUUUCUCAUUCUUCUUUAAAUUAUUUUACUACUAUCACCCUGACGCUGCAAUAUAAUCUGAGAGCUAAUAACCGAAACUACCUAGUGCCUUAAGGGGCAGUUGGCCCCUAGUCCACGACAAUGGUGAAGUAUAAGGCUUCAUGGAGAUCCAAUUGGAAGAGCAUUAGUUAGAUAUCAACUGGGAAAUCAUAGCGCAAUAACUUAUUGUAAAUACAUUUAAUUAGGCCGAGAGUUGGAAUGGUAUUAUUCGUUCAAUGUUUCUAUUCUACACCAUAGGUGAUAGAUUUUUUUAAUGAAAUGAUUUAGAUCUA